UCACUCAUAUAACCCAAAGAAAAAUUGAGCAACAACAUUACAUAUAUGAGUGGAAACAACUGAGUUAAAGUUCAGUAAAAUUUACUAGUCUGAUUAAAAGAAGAAAAACCCCCCAAUAAAUAAAAUCUGGAAGUAAAGAAAAGGUAACUAAAACUAAAUUAACAAAAAAAAUAAAAAUAAACCAAAAGCUCUCCCAGGAGAUAUGAUUCUGGAUGGAUGUAGCAGCAGGCAUAUUACUAAACAACACUUUUUUAAAAUUACAAUUUUUACUGCUAAGGCUGCUUUUCUUGUAAUUUUGACAUCUUUUAAAAAUUGACUUUGAAGAUCAACCAAAAAAAUACAAAAAUAGAGGGGGUAAAAAAAUAGAUUCUGCAAAGAAGAAGGAAAAAAGAAUAGGGCAUGAUAAAAAUGGGGGUAUGAGAUGAGCACUCCAUUAAUCGCCCAUCUCUUCCCUCCAUUCCCUACUGGAGAGAGGAGAGGAAUCUUCCUUGGCUGACGUGUCAAGCAGUGAUCAUGUCGUCUCGCUUGUCAGCCACGUCAGCGAGUCUCUUCCACGUCAUCUCCCGCUGCUCUUCCACUUCCUGCGCCCUCGACUCCUUCUCCUCGUACUGCCUCUGGCAUUCCUCGAACAACUCGGCGUCCAUCUCCAGGAACAUCUUCCGGACGUUAACUGUCAACCCGUGGACUGCCUGGUUCCAAUGUGUCUGGAUGUUCUUCUCCAAUGCAUCGAAGAGGAUCGGUAGUACCACGCCUCGAUUCUGUGCGAUUAGCCCCACAAUGUGCUCGUUGUUCCACAAGAACAGUGCUCUCUCUGCGACCUGGAGAAAACAGAUUUCAGCUCUCUGUAUAGAACAUUUCGAUUUUCGUCGAUAUAAAGUUAAUCAUCAUCACAAAGAACAACCAAGAGAAGAGAUCUCAGGAAUAGAUAAAAGAAGACCACCUACUGAGUGGCACGAACCAGAACUCUACUGACUAGUCUAAUACAUAGGAGUUGCAGGUUUACAACCAAGAACUCGAUCCUUGGCUUGGCAAACACACUUCUUCACUUUUACUAGAACUUUAGAAAUAAGUUACUGGAAAGGUGAAAUCUUUACGCAAUUAACGUUUGUCACCAAAGGAUCCGUUGGAUACUUUCAAUGACUGCAGAAUUUUUAUGAACCUAAACACAAUGGCAAGCUCAUGGCGACAGUAAACAUUACAACCAGUUGCCAUUUGUAGGAACUCACAAUAUUCACCAUCUAAUCAAGUCACAACACAUUCAUAACUGGGAAAAUAUAGAAGAGCAAAAGGC